GAUAAAAGAAAAGAUUAUUUACCAAAUAAAUUGGUAGAAUCAGGAUUUAUUUUAAAAGAAUUAUUAAUUUAUGAGACCAGACCAAAUUCAUUAUUUCCUAAUGAAUUAGAUAAAUUAUUAAAUUACGAGAAGAAAAUUGAUUGGGUAGUUUUUUUUAGUCCAUCGGGAGUUGACAUUUCAUUAGAACUAUUAAAAAAUAAAUUAUUUGAAGAAAAUGAUAUUAAGAUUGCUAGUAUAGGUAAAACUACAAGCAAUCAUUUAGAAAAAAUUAAAAAAAUAAAUGUAAAUAUUACAUCCCCAAAACCCGAUGCAGAGAGUUUAGCAAAAUCAAUUCAUGGAUAUAAUCAAUGAAUUUUUUUUACUAAUUUGUCGGUAAAAUUUAUCUUAUUAUACGGAAUAAAAUCUGUAAAAUCUUUUAAAAUCUCCAACAUUUAAUUUGCCCCAUCUUUUUUCUCUACCACCAACUUCCAAUUCACAAAUUUCAUCUUCAACAUAUACUUCGUCUUUAAAACCAACCUUUUUACCUUGUUUAUAAACUUCACCGUAAUAAUCUAUAAUGUAUAAUUUUGGAUACAAUUUGCCCAACUUUAUAAUAAGUUCAGGUUCAAUCAACUUACAAGAGCAAAAAUUUAAUGUAACUAAUGAAGAUAAAUCAAGUUGUUCUAUUUUAUAAAAUAAUGAUUCACAUGUUAU